AUGGAAGGAAAACAACCCCUCGCAGAUGGUCCAUUUGCAGGUUGGAUACACGGAGAUGUCGAAAAGCUCAUGUUCACAUUGGCAGCAGGAGCUACAGUAUUUGUCGGAUGUCUUCUCUAUGGAACAAUUCGAAUCACGGAAUGGUAUAAUGCGGAGCCAAUCAUGCACUAUUCGAUUGCUGAACUUAAUGCACCGGAGGAAAAGAAGAUAUUAGAGAGCCCAAGCAUAAAGGCCUCGGACACUUCAGAUAUUCAAUGUUAUGCUCCAGCAACUGGACAGUUAUUAGGAUAUGUCACUCCUUCAACCACCGAAGAUGUUGAUCGAGUGAUAGAAAAGGCGCAUGUCGCACAGAAGAAAUGGGCAAAAACUACAUUUACUCAAAGACGUCAAGUCCUACGAUCUAUGAUGGCAUACAUAUUGGACCACCAGGAGGAAAUUUGCAAGGUCGCAUGUUUGGAUUCAGGCAAAACUAUGAUUGAUGCAGCAUUGGGAGAAAUUCUAGUGACAGUUGAGAAGCUGAGCUGGACUCUGAAGCAUGGUGAAAAGGCAUUAAGUCCUUCUCGCAGACCUACCAACUUGCUCAUGAUGUACAAGAAGAACACGGUUCAUUAUGAGCCCCUAGGAGUUGUUGCUGCUUUGGUCUCUUGGAAUUACCCCCUUCAUAAUUUGCUUGGUCCGGUUAUCUCUGCGAUUUUCUCUGGAAAUGGAAUUGUGGUGAAGGCAUCGGAGAAUACUGCUUGGAGUGCACAGCAUUUCUCUCUUAUCGCCAGAGGAGCAUUGUAUGCAUGCGGUCAUGAUUCUAAUCUAAUUCAAGUCGUGACGUGCUGGCCAGAUACUGCGAAUCAUCUUACAUCUCAUCCUAGAAUCUCCCAUAUCACUUUCAUCGGUAGUCGAUCUGUCGCCAAAUUGGUAGCAGCAGCCGCAGCCAAACCUCUCAUCCCAGUUGUCGCUGAGCUUGGAGGAAAGGAUGCAGCAAUUAUCAUGAAUUCCGCAGUCAAAGACCUUCCACGUAUCACCGAGAUUCUCCUUCGAGGCACGUUCCAAGCAGCCGGACAAAACUGUAUUGGCAUCGAACGAAUCAUUGGUCUUCCAGACGUUUAUGACAAACUUGUCGCAGCACUUGAACCCCGGAUUCGAGCUCUACGUGUUGGUUCUACACUUGAUGCCCCAGCAGAUGCGCCAGUAGAUGUUGGAGCUGUCAUUUCCGAUGCUUCAUUUGACCGACUUGAGAAAUUGAUUGCCGCAGCUGUCUCAGAUGGAGCCCGUCUUCUGGUUGGCGGCCAACGAUUCAACCACCCGAUCCAUCACUCAGGUCAUUACUUUACCCCAACUCUGAUUGUCGACGUCACUCCCGAAAUGGCUAUUGCUAACGAAGAAUGCUUCGGACCCAUCUCCGUCGUCAUGAGAGCCAAGAAUCCCGAAGAUGCAUGCAACAUCGCAAAUCACCCCAACUUUGGACUCGGCGCCUCAGUCUUCGGAUCCAAAGAUUGGGAACUCAAGGCCAUCGUCAAUAACAUCAGGUCGGGUAUGGUAGCCAUCAAUGAUUUUGGUGCAUACUAUGCAGUUCAGCUACCUUUUGGUGGUGUAGCUGGUAGUGGAUAUGGAAGAUUUGCUGGUGAGGAGGGACUGAGAGGUCUGUCUAAUAUUAAGGCUGUCUGUGAAGAUCGAUGGCCAUGGUCUCCGGCUUGUACAGCUAUUCCUCCACCGUUGAGAUAUCCGAUUCCGGACACGAUGAAGGGCUACGCGUUUACGAAGGCGAUUAUUGAUAUUGGGUAUGGGGUUGGUGUGGCUGGUAGAUGGAGGGGUGUUAAGGGUAUGUUGGGGUUAAAAUAA